UCAGAUGUCCAUCUAAGGUCAAUGGAUCCUUCUAAUCCUGAGGAACCUUCUGAUAAAUCCCAUACUAUGACUUCAGAUGGCCAUCUAGAUUCUCACAGUGCUGAACGAUCAACAGAUUCAUUCAAUCCCAUGAAAUCUUUAAACCGCAAGGGAAUUCACACAGGACAGAGUUCAUUGUCUUGUUUGUUGUGUGGGAAAUCUUUCACUGAAAACAGAAAGCUUCUUGCACACCAGAAAAUGCACACAGGGGAGCGUACUUUCUCUUGUUCAGAGUGCAGCAAAUAUUUCACCACAAAAGAACAGCUUAUUUUACACCAGGGAACCCACAGGGGUCAGCGUCCAUUCUCCUGUUCAGAGUGUGGAAAAUGUUUUACACAGAAAUUCUCCCUACUUAUACACCAGAGGGGUCACACAGGCGAGCGCCCGUUUUCAUGUACAGGGUGCGAGAAGUGUUUCACCAACAAAAGAGACCUUAUUAGACACCAGAGAAUUCACACAGGCGAGCGUCCUUUUUCGUGUUCAGAGUGUGGGAAAUGUUUCACUGUAAAAGGAGACCUCAUCAGACACCAGAGAAUUCAUACGGGUGAGCGUCCUUAUUCGUGUUCAGAGUGUGGAGUAUGUUUCAUUCAGAAGGGUGACCUUGUUAAACACCAUAGAAUUCACACGGGCGAGCGCCCUUUUCCGUGUUCGGAGUGCGGGAAAUGUUUCAUCGAGAAAGGAGACCUUGUUAGACACCUGAGGAUUCAUAAGGGUGAGCGCCCCUAUUCGUGUUCAGAGUGUGGAAAGUGUUUCAUUGAGAAAGGAGACCUUGUUAGACACCUGAAAAUUCACACGGAUGACCGUCCUCAUUCAUGUUCAGAGUGCGGUAGGAGUUUCACUGAGAAAAGAAACCUUUUGAAACACCAGAGCAUUCACACGAAUGAGCGCCUUCUUACAGACCAGAGAAUACAUAAUGCAGAGCAUCCUCACUGCGUUCCGACUGAAGAAAAUGGUCCACAGAUAAAAGAGGUCUAACUAAACAUGGGGGUGAAGGCACUAAUGCACAAAUGUAUGACCUGGCUUUUAACAGGUGGAACUGCGGCUAUAGACAGAAAAGACCAAUCUCCUGCAUUCGAGAGAAGAGCACUGGCAGAAAUCAAUCAGACAGCUUCGAUCUUUGCUGCCCCCUACGGGCCGGGAAAACCCAGAAGAAAUCCAGCAAAAACAAGGAACAGAGGGCGCACCGAACUAGCACAUUACUUUCGUGAUGACUUUAUGUAAAAAAAAACAGAUGUUUUCUCACGAAAAACAUCAGCAAAUAAGGAAGGUCAUAGUCCACGACGUACUUGAAACGGCCUGGUCAUCUAGAUGAGUCCUAUGUGCGACAAGACCUUCCAAAAGAUUGACGUGUUUCGAGUGGCGAGAUCCCCUCUUUUUCAGAGCCAAUUAUUGGGAUCUCCCCUCGAAACGCAGCAGCUUCGAAGGUCUAGCAUACAAACGGUCGGAUUUUCCGACAAUGGCCUGUCAUCGCUCAAUUCCCAUCGGAUAAUCCGAUCAGGUGUACGAGGCUUUAGUGUUAAAGAAAAGAUGUUUACUCACGAAAAACAUCAGCAAAUAAGGAAGUUCAAAGUCCACGAUGUACUUGAAACGGCCUGGUCAUCUAGAUGAGUCCUAUGUGCGAGAAGACCUUCCAAAAGAUUGACGUGUUUCGAGUGGCGAGAUCCCCUCUUUCUCAGAGCCAAUUAUUGGGAUCUCCCCUCGAAACGCAGCAGCUUUGAAGGUCUAGCAUACAAACGGUCGGAUUUUCCGACAACGGCCUGUCAUCACACAAAUCCCAUCGGAUAAUCCGAUCGCGUGUACGAGGCUUCAGUGUUAAAAGAGCAGAUGUAUACUCCCAAAAAACAUCAGCACCAAAAAACAUCAGCAAAUAAAACAAAUCAAAGUCCACGAUGUACUAGAAAUGGCCUGGUCAUCUAGAUGAGUCCCAAGCGUAAAAAAACCUUCAAAACUGCUGCGUUUCGAGGGGAGAUCCCAAUGAUUGGCU